AUGGUAUCCCACUACCUGAGUGACCACAGUUUUUUUUUUACACCUCUGGAGCGGGACCGCGUCGCACAUGCAGAUACAAGUGUUGAGACGCGUCCCGUUAGUUUUGUGACGUUGGUGCUCCACUCACUUUGGGUUUUUUUAGAUAGCACUUUUGUGCCGGAGGCCGUGGCACCCAACACCAUUACAUUAGUGGGUUUAAUGAGCUCCGUGCAGUCAUACCAGAUCCUCAGCGAGUACUAUGACCAAACCCCUCAGUCACACACUGCAGCGGCAACUGGGCCCAUAUUAAUGUCGUCUUUGUUAUGUGUUGUAGCUAUCAUGUGCGGUGCGUUGGAUGGUGUGCACGCAAGGCGGUGCCGCUCCGCUACGCCACUGGGUGACAUAUUUUCUCGUGUCUGCAGUAGUGUUCUGCGCAUUUUCUUUGCUCUGACGCUCAUGAAAGCGUUCAAUAUAGUUGAUAUCUCAACACAGUGGUAUGCUCUAAUGGUACUGCAACUGAUCGAAUUCAACACGGUGCUGGGACGCAUAAGCGCUGAAAAUCUGAGAGGAGGGAAGGCGAAGACAGUUGUUUAUCACCUGACGUAUUGCUUUCGUGACUCGGAACUUUCCUUCCUAAUUCUCUGCGCGUUGAUUGCAAGAGUGGUAUUUCCGGAUAUGAACUUUUACAGUCCAGUCUAUCCAAACUUUUUGAGAGAUGCAUUCAUAUUCCUUGUCAUGGUGAGCUUCACAAACUUGUUGCUUCUGAAGAUGGAGAAGAAACAUAAGGCGGCGAUUGCCGUGUGUUUGGCCACUCGUGUGGUGCCGCUGUUCAAUAUCUUUUCUUUCACUAACAACAAUGUAUUCAGUCUUAUCAGUGGAUCUCUUGCUGUUGGUUUACUUUCAACGGAGGUGCAUGUGAGCAACGUUUCCGGCAGGCGGGUGCAUGCGGCCGUCAUUUGUAUUUGUGUGGGAUCCGUAUUUAACGAUAUUCUUUCCAUAGGCGCAUCGAUCCUGUACGUUAUUGGGAUGAUGGCGGAUCUGUCAUAUUCCGCGCGUAUUCCCCUUUUCGCGCCUGUGAGAAAUGUGUUCUGUGAUGGUGUUUUUGACUUGUGUCAUGCGGGACAUAAGAACUUCCUGCAGAAUGCUCUUCUCUACGGCAAUCGCCUCAUUGUUGGUGUUUGUGGAGAUGAUGAAUGCGAAGCGUACAAACGACGGCCAAUCAUGACAGUCGAUGAAAGGGUGAAUGAAGUAAAGAUGUGUAAGUUUGUUUCACAGGUUAUUCGGAACAGCCCUGUUACCGGCGUCACUGAAGAAAUGAUCAAACGCUACAAUAUUCACGUGGUGGUGUGUGGUGAUGAAUACAACCGCCCUGAUGACACGUAUUAUGCAGUGCCACGCAGAAUGGGUAUUCUUCGGACAGCACCACGUACGGAAGGGAUAUCAACAAGUCUGCUAAUUGCCCGCAUUCGUGAUGCUACUGAAGUGGAGUUAUCUCGAAGGGACAAUGCGAGUAGUCGAUCAACUGUUAUGGAGGGGUCGUAG